AUGAUAAGCGCGGAACCGGACGAGCCUCUCCAUGUGUUCGACCUGCCUCAGAUUCAUACCAAACCAUCCGGCACCGAAAUCCUUCGAGCCCUCGAUCUUCUAGCGAUUAAACCACGGAGUUUUGGCUUCAAAGCCCACGAAGCGGUGAAGGGCCGAACCGUUCAUCCGGCUGGCGUAACCCGUUAUCUAACAUCGAUCAUCUCUAGCCCGCUUUCAUGGCUAGAUACCGAUGAACUCCGGGAGGCAGUAUGGGAUGCCACAGCUGCUCGACUCAGCGAGCGGUCUGGUCGAACCGCAAUGCCUGCCAUGUCCCGUAUCUUUACAGUCCCCAGUCUCUCUGGAGAAGAGUUCACACUGACCCUGCAUGAACCAUCCUUGACUGCUGAUAAUCUGGGGAUGAAAACUUGGGUCUCUUCAUAUCUCCUCUCUCAACGGCUUCACUCGGUACUUGAAUCCACGCCGCCGCUCGUCCCGUCCACAUCAACGACUUACAAGGCCGAUCGAACUCUUCGGGUAUUGGAGUUGGGCUCCGGGACUGGACUUGUAGGACUCGCAUUUGCAGCCAUACACGGCAAGUCCGUCUCAGUUCAUCUCACCGAUCUUCCUGCCAUUGUUCCCAACCUUUCACAUAAUGUGGCCCUAAACGUGGAGCUGCUUACGAAUGCCACGGCACAAGUCACAACAGGUGUACUGGACUGGUCGACUCCGCCUGAGCCACUUCCAAAUCAAGAUCAAAAGUAUGAUCUUAUUCUGGCUGCCGAUCCCUUAUACUCGCCAAAGCAUCCAAAAUGGCUGGCGGAUACAAUCAGUCGCUGGCUCAGUCGUGGACUCGAUGCGCGCGUUGUCGCAGAAAUGCCGCUGCGUGAAGCAUAUCUUCCGCAGAUCGAAGAAUUUCGGCAGCGGAUGACAGAUAUUGGCCUGGCGGUGGUCGAUGAGGGAGAGGAGAUAGGGUACGAUGAUUGGGAGAAGGCGGAUGGGACAGCACUCGAAGUCCGGUGUUGGUGGUCAAUUUGGGGGUGGAGCGAGAAGCUCUAG